UAUAUAGUUUUCAGCUCGGGUGAUGUCUUUGAGCAGUAUGGCAGUGUACAGCAGACUGAGCGUGGCGAAGGACGUAAGUUUGGAGUGAGAGACACAGCUUCAGAGAGUCCCUACAACGAGGAAGAGGAAGGCUGAACUACCACGGGAGCAGACGACAGAGCAGCGGUGGGUUCUUCCCUCUUCGCGCGGCGAGCACUGGGCAGUUAGAGCGCUACACAGCUCGUCUCGCGGAAAACAGUCGCUCCAUCUAUCCCUAUACAGCAAUUACUUAUUUCUUGUGUGCUGGGCCACACAGAAAUUACAUUCCCCGUAUAUGAAUUAUUUAGCAAGCGCAAGCAGGUCUCGCUUUUAACAGUGGCUGGCGGUCGAGAGGCGAAGUUGGUUUCAAGACGGUAGAUGAGAGAGUGUUGAUUCUGAAUUCGGGCUCUCGUACACCGCCGCUCUCUCCCCACAGCAACAACGGUGCCAGCUGACUACGACGUGAAGCUCCCGUGUGUGCUAUACGUGUCUGUUUUCCCUCACAGGACGGAUAACGGCUCGAGGAAGGGUGUUGUAAGUUCUCGCUAACCUUGGAUCGAAGUGCAGGGUGCUAUACUCGAGAGAGGCCGGUGAGAGAGGGGUGUUUUCCUACCUACCCUUACUGCCGGCGACAUCAGGGUGCGUGUGUGUGCUGGCUGCCGGGUGUGGAGGUAGAGGCAGCUGGUGACGACGUCCACAUCGGGUGGUGUAGUCGCUCGUCAUGAACGCCGAGGGGACGGCGUGGACACUGACGGUGUUGGUGAUGUGUCUUGGUGGUUUGGAUACAGCACAAGACAACGUAGCUUCGAGCUCGGAUGGAAUGAGUUACCUCAUAAAAUAUGGAUACCUCGUGCCCCAAGAUCCCAAGACGGGAGCGUUACGAACAGAGGCCUCGUUCAAGGACGCCAUUCGUCAGUUCCAGAGGAUGGCUGGCCUAAAUGUUACAGGUGUGAUGGACAAGGAGACAAAGGAUACAAUGAGUCUUCCACGCUGUGGUAACAGCGACAAAGACGACAUGAGCCGAGGCGCGAGGAGGAAGCGGUAUACGUUACAAGGAAGCAAGUGGGCCAAGACCGACUUGACGUACAGGAUCACCAUGUUCAGCCGGGAACUGUCCAAGGGGCAAACUGUGAUGGAAGUUGACAGAGCGUUAAAGGUGUGGAGCAAAGUGACGCCGCUCCGAUUUACAAGACGAAGCCAUGGGCCUGCUGAUAUUGAAGUCAAAUUUGUCAGUCGUUCCCAUGGUGACGGCAAUCCUUUUGAUGGGCGGGGCAGAACCCUCGCGCAUGCGUUCUUCCCCCAAUAUGGAGGCGACGCCCAUUUUGACCUGGAUGAGCCUUGGACCAUCUCUGUACCGGAUGGAAUCAACCUCUUCCAGGUGGCGGCACAUGAGUUUGGCCACUCGUUGGGUCUCGCACACUCUGACGUCAGUACCGCUUUAAUGGCUCCAUUCUAUCGGGGCUACCAGAGAUCAUUUAGCCUGGACCCCGACGACGUGGCUGCAAUACAGGAGCUGUACGGUCCCCGCAACGAAGUGAAGCCCAUCCCCGAACAGCCACGCCCCACCGAGGGUCCAAAGAUCACCAUUCCCAGUAUAUGUCGAGAUCCAUCCAUCGACGCCAUUACACAAAACGCGGACGGUUUUACGUACGUUUUUAAAGGGCGGUACUACUACCGGUUGAACGGGAAGGGGAUUGAGCCCGGGUUCCCCAGGGAAAUCUCCUGGGACUGGGUGGAGGUGUCAGGGCCAAUAGAUGCCGCCCUACACUGGGACAAUGGCUACACCUUUCUCUUUAAGGGGGAGACGUACUGGAAGUUCUACAAUUUUCGCCUGGUUUACAGAAGGAAGAUCACGGAGGGUUUCCGCGGCGUCCCCGACCACAUCGACGCCGCCUUUGUCUGGAGCGGCAACGGCAAGACAUACUUCGUGAAAGGGGACAAGUACUGGCGUUACUCGGACAACCGGGUGGACUCAACCUACCCCAAGCCGAUGUCUGUGUGGCGGGGGAUACCCCCGGGAGCUGAAGCAGCGUUCAAGUGGAAGAAUGGUCGCACUUACUUCUUCACUGGAAGCAAAUACUAUCGUUUCCAUGACAGCAAUUUUAGGGCUGAUGACGGUUACCCCAGAGACGUGGGCAGCUGGUGGCUAGGGUGCCCGGAUCCGCCCCAGAUUGACCUCUUCAGUCAGCUCAACGACACCAAUACCCUCAGAGGACGAAACACGGGGAACCUUCGUAACGAGGCUGAGGAGAAAGGUGAAGGGUUUCUGUCCGUGCUCGAUCCGCCGAAUGGUGUGAACAGCGCCACUGUGAUAGGACUCAAUAGUAUUGGAGGCCUCCUCGUGUGUUUGUGUGUGUUUCUACAAAGCCGGUGCAGUUGAUGACGUCAAGGACGGGGCAAUAGGUUAUAACUAGACGUAUAACAACAGUGAAUUUUGAAAAUCAUUCCACGGACGAGAGUGCACGUCAUCUUGGAGGAGGUUCCGUCACGGGCAUCACGUGACAUGGUCACGUGAGCUAAUGACAGCACAAGCUAUGGUGUUGGAAAGUAUGACUGCUUUGGUAAAAGUGUUUUUACAAUUACUACUCACAAGUCUUUGGCAUUUUGCAUACCAUCAACCACGAGAAAAUCCGGGCUCGAACUCAGCUCUAGGGCUACUGGGCUAGUUUUAAGUUCGAUCCCUGAAAUCAUUGAUCUCGCUACGAUCUCCGCCAUUUGAAAUACACCUUCACUUCCGGUCUCGUGGAUGUUGCUGUCACUCUGUAAAUAUCAUGGACUAGAUCGAUCAUCACGUGAUUUCACAGUAGUCUUUCAUGAAACUUCACUAUUGCUAUACAUUGUGGAGUCUUGUAGACAGUAGCGCGGUCGCCACAUGGUCGUGUAUCACAGUACCAAGGAAGCGAUUUGGUUGAAUGACGUCAGUUCUUCUGAUAAAGGACACGUGAUGUGCUAUAAGAGAGAGACUUUGGCGCUAAGAGAAUGGCUGUAGGGCUUCGGUAUCUGCAGAUGCUAUAUGGGACUCACGUAUAGACAAGAAGACCAUUUAUGUCAACUAUGGUCAGCUGUGACCGAACUGGGAAAACCGCCAUAUCAGCGACCUUUUUUUGGACCAUCUUGACGAAGGAACGAUCUGUACCGCCAUAUAAAGCGAUCUUUUGUUGGACCAUCUUGACGGAGGGCCGAUCUGUAUCGCCAUAUAAAGCGAUCUCUUGUUGGACCAUCUUGACGGAGGAACGAUCUGUACCGCCUUAUAAAGCGACCUUUUGUUGGACCAUCUUGCCGGAGGAACGAUCUGUACCGCCAUAACAAGGGACCUUUUGUUGGACCAUCUUGACGAAGGGCCGAUCUGUACCGCCAUAUAAAGCGACCUUUUUGAUGGACCAUCUUGACGAAGGGCCCAUUUGUACCGCCAUAUAAAGCGACCUUUUGUUGGACCAUCUUGACGUCUUCGUGGAGCGAACGAUCAGUAACGCCAUAUAUAGUGACGUCUUAUUGGAAUUAUCUUGACGACGUUCCGUUGGAAACGUGUGCGAUACGACGACAUAUGUUCUGAGUACAUGAAUCAUUUUCCGUGUUGUUGUAAACGCGGACAUGCGCACUUGGAGGACAUUUAAUGCCACUGACAAAAGACUGACGUGUAUAGACUUGCAUGUACAUUUUCAUCUUUGAUAUAUUUUACAUUUUGUUUAGCUAUAUAUUAAAUCAUCUUAUUAUUACAAAACCCUCUCGUUCUCAACACUGUAUUCCCUAUCUGCAUAAAGCUAUGUCCUAAACCAAACUUACAACAAUAGGGAGGAACGCCAGAGGACGAGACUGAUUUCUAUGUUGCUGUGGAAACCACAUUACUGACUAGGGUGAUAUGUUAAGAGACUUGGCCAACCGAUCCACUGAACGAUCUUAGUGAGUGAGUGAAUUGAGUUCAACGCCUCUUAACAAUACCAUAGUCAGCGUUAUGUGGGUGGAAAGCCCAAACUGACGUAAGGCGUAGACACUUUUAGUAUACCACUUUUGUGAAACCCACGAGCAUGGUUGAGGCGUGAACCACCUUAACGUUACGGCUGUGUAAAGAUAUAGGCGUGACAUUAACGCUACGAUCGUUUGUAGAUCGGAGUAUCCUUUACAGUAAGGGGCCAUUAGUCUUCGGUUAGAAUCUCUGAUUCGUCCCGAGUAUGAUCCCUGGUGUGUCGACACCGUAUACGUUGUCCUGAGGACAAGUGUAGCAUAAACCUUAUGUCACUUGUCCUCAGAGUUUGAAGCUAGUUCUGCGUGAACGCGACAAAACUGUUCACUGUGUUUAAUUUUUCUGUCAGUUUUAUUUAGUAGCAAAAUUGAAGCUUUGAGAACUGGCUCAGAAUUUUGGCAUUCAAAUGCAAAAAAAAUCAAUGAGGAAUACCAUAAUUGGUUUUCACUUGUCCUCAGCACAAUUUAGUGGCAUCGGGCUUGCAGACUAGCGGGAAUUUAAAAGGCUUCAGGUUCUCGCAGGUUUCACUAAAGUGACAAACGCCCACGACACUAAACAGGAUAGCGACAUACAGUCAUAUAGAAGGAACUGUUCAAAUAGACGCUAAACGUCACGCCUAUACAAGUACGUCAUCAACAAUUAAACAAUACAUGUACAUAUAUAUGAAUUAUAUAACGACAUUAUAUUAAGUACACUGUUACUCCUAGAUAGUAUAGUGAGAGACCCAUUUGAAGCAGUACUACUACAAGGCUCUCUACCUUACCUGCCUUUAUUCAAUCAUCCUACUGAAUUGUGUUUUAGGUGCACGAUGUACUGCUGCUGGUCACGUGGUCACUUCAUGUCCUCAUGUUAUAAAAGUGUCUUACUUGUGUGUGUACAAACUAAUAUUACAUGUUGCUGCCCAAUACACUAACGAAGUCUUUUCACUGAAAACAUUCAAUUAAUAACAGAUCAAGCAAAGAGCGAUCUCAAUACUUUCGAGUUAAACUGUGGAAAGGUUAAGGAGUGAGCUAAGCUAGUAUAAGAUAGCUCUGAUUACAACACGAUCACUGCGCUACGAACCGUCGUAAGUCUUUGCUGAACUGUGUAAGUUACGAUGUGCGUAUCAAUAAGAUUCCGAAAGCAAUCGUAACCUUAACCUGUCGUAACUCCUUUCACUUGGCGUAGACUUACGACAGUCGUUGCGCAACGACGUGUAUAGGACUGGGCUCUGUCUUUAUGAUUGACAUUAAGAUUAUCUUCGAUUUAAGCAACGAUGUUAAGCUCAGUUCCAACGUCUUCUUAACGCUGUCGUAACUCUUACUUAAACACAUCUUUACGACGACGCUGAUACCUCACUGCGGUACGGAGAAAUGAUACAUGUUCCAUUGA